AUGAACUACAUUAAUACUACACAGACUGAACCAAACAACAGCACGAACAUCAGCAGCGUAUUCACACAUCUAGUUCUGCCUGUGCUCUACAGCAUCAUCUGCUUGUGUGCCUUCAUUCUCAAUGGAUUCGCUGCUUGGAUCUUCUUUAGGGUUCCCAGCUCCUCAGCUUUAGUAGUUUACCUUAAAAACAUGAUGGUGGCAGACGUUCUGAUGUUAUUUACCUACCCGUGGCGUGUGGUGGACGACCUCGGUUAUGGCGGCUUGCAGUUGAAGCUGAUAGUUUGCCGCUACACAGCUGUGCUUUUCUACCUCUGCAUGUACACAGGAAUAAUCUUCAUGAGCCUCAUCAGCUUGGAACGCUACCUAAAAAUCGUGCGCAGUACCUCCGGCGUGUCUUCUUUUCUGCAGCGUGUUUCGGUAGCGAAGGCUCUCGCGCUGCUAACUUGGGGCGUCAUGACGUUCUUCACGCUGCCGAACGCCAUAUUAAGCAACCAGCCCAUGCCUGAGGUUUUCUCCUGCAUGGCCCUGAAAAGCGACCUGGGUCUGCAAUGGCAUGAAGCUUCAGCCCACUUUAACAAUGGAAUUUUCUGGGUGGCGUUUCUGCUGAUGGUGUUUUGCUACACCUCUAUCGCCUGUCACGUGUACCGCUCUUACAAACGCGUGCAGCGGGAUAGCAGCGAGGCCAGGCGGCGGUCAAAUCGCAGCAUCUUUAGCUUGCUGGCCGUGUUUGUCCUGUGCUUUGUUCCCUACCAUGUUUGUCGUGUGCCCUACACAUUUAACCAAAGGUACAACGAGGAUUUUAGCACCCAAAACAACUUGAUUCUCAUCCAGGCCAAAGAAGCUACGCUCUUCAUGUCCUCCCUUAAUGUGUGUCUGGAUCCUAUCAUUUACUUUUUCAUGUGCAGGACAUUCAGAGAAUCACUUCUGCAGAAGACAAAGUUAAACCGCAAAAACAGGAAGCACAGAGUUCAGUUUCAGCAAUCCAUAAAGACUGAACAACAAAGUAAAACGACCAUUAGCCAUUUGCAAGAUGGGAAAGAUAUUUAA